ACGAACUCUAUUGCGCAGCACCUGGCGCUGCUGCUUCUGGAGAGACCCCAGCAGCAGCAGCUCUGGCUGCUGCUGCUGCAGCAGUGUACGGCUUUGCUGCAGGAGGGGCGCGAAGCAACAGCAGCAGCUACUGUGACUGCUGCUGCCGAGGAAGACGAGUUGGAUGAAGCCACAGAAGAGCAGCAGCAGCCCCAGCAGCAGCAGCAGCAAGCGUUGCUGCUGCAGCAGCACGCCCGUGAUGUUCUUCCUUUUGCGAUCGCCUUGCAAGCUGCUGCUGCGGUGCAGCAGGAAGACGUAGAUGUUGCUGCUGCUGCAGCAACAGCAGCAGCAGCCCCCAGCGCUGCCACUAUGGCGCUGCUGCAGGAAGCAGCUGCAAUUUUACUUCCACAGGAAGCAGCAGCAGAAAGCGAAAGGGAUUCCGCGUGCGUUUUGCUGCUGCUUUCGGCGCUGCUACUAUCACGGAUGCUGCUGCUACUGCUGUCGGUGCUGCUGCUGCUGCUGCCGCUUUUGCUGGUGCUGGUGCUGGUGCUGCUGGUGUUGCUGCUGGUGCUGCUGCUUGCAUAG